CACAUAACCUGUGCUGCCCUGCGCGGCCGUGCUCCAAAACGACAGCUCUCAAACUGAAUUUCUUCACUUCCAGCAUUUGGAGAGGAUGGAAGCAUGGUGCAGCUGCCCGGGGGGAAGUUUCAGAUGGGAUCCAGCUCCUUGGAGAAGAGGAACGAAGAGGGGCCUGUCAGGGAGGUGACAGUGAAGCCGUUUGCUCUGGACAAAUACCCUGUCACCAACAGGGAUUUCAGGGAGUUUGUUAGACAAAACAAAUACAAAACAGAAGCAGAAGCAUUUGGCUGGAGCUUUGUCUUUGAGGAUUUCGUAUCUGAAGAGCUGAAGAAAAAAGUCACCCAGAAACUGGAGUCUGCUCCUUGGUGGCUGCCCAUUGAGAAGGCUUUUUGGCGACAGCCCUCAGGUCCUGGCUCCAGCAUCAGGGACAGGCUGGAUUACCCAGUGCUGCACGUCAGCUGGAACGACGCACGGGCGUUCUGUGCCUGGAAAGGGAAGAGGCUCCCAGCAGAGGAGGAGUGGGAAUUUGCUGCCAGGGGAGGACUGGAGCAAAGGAUGUAUCCCUGGGGAAACAAGUUCCAGCUGAACCGUACAAAUCUUUGGCAGGGUGAUUUCCCCAGGGCUGACACGGCUGAGGACGGUUAUCACGGCGUCUCGCCGGUGGCAGCCUUCCCUCCUCAGAACAACUAUGGGCUCUACGACCUGCUGGGAAACACCUGGGAGUGGACAGCGUCGGAGUACCUGGCUCCAGGGCUCUCCUCGAGGCAGCGCACUCAGAACAUGAGGGUCCUGAGAGGGGCCUCAUGGAUUGACACUGUCGAUGGGUCUGCAAAUCAUAAAGCUCAGGUGACUACCAGAAUGGGGAACACACCAGACUCAGCCUCUGACAACCUCAGCUUCCGCUGCGCUGCCGACGUCCCUCCAGUCAGGGCUGAGAAAAGCUGGACCAAGCCUGAGCUCUGAGGUCACUCAGGAAGACCUGAAGGCAUUUUCUCCUGUGGAGAUGACCAGCAACCCCCAGCAGUCACUGUCAUUAACCCCAGACAGUUUAAAAAAUGUAAAUACUAAAACUCCUUUUGUACUGGGAAGUCUGGGCAGGAGCAGUGUUGGGAGUGGCAGGCAGGGAGGUUUGUCUCUCAUCUCCUCUUGUGUGGUCAAUAUUCCAAGCUCUCCUUGUGGUGUCCAUUGGAAAUAAACUGCCAGCUUGGGGCUGCCAUAAGGGGUGGCUGCAGUGGUGGGAAUGAUGGGGGCACAUUCCUGGAAGGAGACUUGUACAUCAGUCCCCAUCUCCUUGGGAAAUCCCAGCUUCGUGAAAGCCUCUGAGCCUUCCCAGAAUUGAAACAAGGCACUUUUAUU